AUGUGCAUCAAUGAUGACACAAGUCUGCAAGAGAUGUUCUCAAUCUACUAUGAAGCCCAAUCACGAGUAUCUGUUAUUGAGCUGUACGUGGAGUUUGACCAAUUACCGAAUACGGUGGAACAAGAUGAUCAUGAUUUCGAUGGGGAAAGUUAUAACGGUGACAGCAAAGAGGAAUAUGAAGGAAAUUACGAUUUCGUUGAUCCGAAUGCAGAUGAGGAACAAGAGGACUGCACCAUUGAGUCGGACGUCGAAGACGUCACAAAUGCACUAGCGAGUGAGCAUCCAUUCAAAGAACCGUCUUUCAUGCGCGCUUUGGAUCUCGAUGCCAUGAAUGCUCCAGAAUUUCCGGAGUAUGCCAAUGCAGAUGCAAUUAAGCCAUUGAUAGAGGCCGAUCCAUCCAUAAAGGUGCGAUCAGUAAUUGCAGAUGUCCAAUCAAAGUUUAACUACACGAUUAGUUAUCGCAAAGCAUGGUUGGCUAAGCAGAAGGCAGUUAAAAAAAUUUUUGCAAGGUGGGAAGCCUCUUAUGAAGCGUUGCCCAUAUGGUUUGAGGCAAUGGUGAAGAAAGAGCCAUCAGUAGCCGUCGAAUAUGAAACAGCAUUUAGGCACUGCAAGCCGGUUGUACAAGUAGAUAGCACACACUUGUAUGGAAAAUAUAAAGGAGCAUUGUUGGUCGCAGUUUCUCAAGAUGGUAACAACAAUAUUGUGCCAAUUGCAUUUGCACUUGUAGAGGGGGAGACAUCAGAUGCAUGGUUCUUUUUCCUUCGUCAUUUGCGAACCCAUGUGGUGACGAAGGAUGGAGUGGGACUUAUCUCUGAUCGACACGAGUCUAUUAGGUCAACAGUUUCUCGUUGUGAUGGAGCAUGGGAGCCGCCAAGGGCCAGACACAUGUUUUGCAUUAGGCACAUAGCAUCGAACUUCUUGAGGAAGUUCAAGGCACCGUUCAUGCAAAAGCUUGUGGUGAACAUAGGCUAUUCUAAGACGGUGGAUGAAUACGAAAUCCGUUACCAGAGGUUGCGCAGUCGGGGUGAGGCAUACACUCGCUGGCUAGAUCGGAUUCCCCGUGAGCAAUACUCUUUGGCAUAUGAUGGUGGCCAUCGAUGGGGUCAUAUGACGACAAAUCUGGUGGAAUGCAUCAAUGGGGUGUUGAAGGGUGCACGCAAUUUUCCCGUCACAGCACUUGUAAAGGCGAUUUCUUAUAGACUGAAUGAGUUGUUCACAAGGAAAAGGGAUGGCGCUGAGACUCGUCUUCGAGCCGGACACCUAUUCUCCGAAAUAGUGAUCGAAAAGAUUCAGCAAAAUUUGAUUACGGCUGGAAACAUCAUGGUUAGUUGCUUCGAUCGGCAGAAUGAAGUUUUCGAGGUGAGGGAGAUGCUCAGCGGUGUUGAGUAUGCGGUAGACCUGCGACAUAGGCACUGUGACUGUGGUUAUUUUCAGGUUGAUCGCUUUCCAUGUCGUCACGUUUUUGCAUGUUGUGCAAACCAACGUCUUGAUUGA